UCCUUUCGAUCCAUAUUAAUUGAUUUGAAUCGGAAGGAGUAUAAUAAAGCAUCGUACGUACGUUCAUCUUGCUACUCUGAGAGUGAGAAGAUUCACCAGACUUGGGCGAGCAGCAGUACAACUUCAACGUGCCUAGCGGCAGACUGAAGAGAAAGUGAGAGUCCAAAAUGCACAUGAAGCUCCUCUUGCUGCUGCUGCAUCUCUAUGCAGGCUUUCUGCCGCUGUCGCGCCGCGCCUCGGCGUCAGCGGUGGUCACCCACCUGCCUGGAUUCGAUGGCCCUUUGCCCUUCUACCUCGAAACCGGAUACGUUGACGUGGAGGAGGCUACCGGGACGGAGCUCUUCUACUACUUCGUCGAGUCGGAGAGGAGCCCCAGCACCGACCCUCUGAUAAUAUGGCUCACGGGCGGCCCCCGCUGCUCGGGCUUCUGCGGUUUGGCCUUCGAAGUUGGUCCCAUCAAUUUUGUGUUGGCACCUUACGAUGGUAAUUUGCCACAACUGGUCUACAAUCAGUAUUCAUGGUCCAAGAUAGCAAGCAUCAUCUUCUUGGAUUCUCCCAGCGGUUCUGGUUUCUCAUAUGCUCGUGAUCCCGAAGGUUAUGAUGUUGGGGACAUGUCGUCUUCCUUGCAAGUCGUGACAUUUCUGAACAAGUGGCUUGACGAUCACCCGCGCUAUCGGUCAAAUGAAUUUUACCUAGGAGGAAGUUCUUAUGCUGGAAAGAUGAUUCCACUCAUCGCGCAAUACAUCUCAGAAGGAAAUGAACAAAGGAAGCAACCUGUGAUUAAUCUCCAGGGCUAUUUAGUUGGCAACCCUAUUACAGGCUCCAAGUUUGAUGACUUCAAUUCUAGAAUACUUUAUAGUCAUGGCGUUGGAAUCAUAUCUGAUCAACUAUAUGAAGCUGCAAUGGAGAACUGUAAAGGGAACUAUAUAAGCACACAUAAUGCUUUGUGUGCUGGGGUUCUAAAUAAAAUCGAGAAGCUUAUUUCUGAACUUGAUGACGAUCAUAUCUUGGAUGAUAAAUGUGUAAGUGAUUCACCACAUGUGAAUGAUGAUGCUUCAAGAAACAGGUUCCUGUCAGAAGAAAACAUUAAGCCAAGCGUGCCAUCUCCUCACCCUACUAUCAAUUGUUUUUCAUACCGUUACUACCUAGCUGAUAUUUGGGCGAAUGAAAAGGUGACUAGAGAAGCUCUUCAGAUCAAGGAGGGCACAAUUGGAGAGUGGAUAAGAUGCGUCAAUGGAUUACCCUACACGGAAGACGUCCCAAGCAGCAUACCUUAUCACUUCAACCACAUCACUAGGGGUUACCGUGUGCUUGUGUUCAGCGGAGACCAUGAUCCCGGGGUACCAUUUCUGGGAACACAACGGUGGGUAAGAUCCUUCAACUUUUCCAUUGUUGACGACUGGAGAGCAUGGCAUGUGGAUGGUCAGUCUGCAGGAUUUACAAUUGAAUAUGACAACCAUUUGACAUUUGCGACAGUAAAGGGUGGUGGCCAUACAGCUAUACGACACCAGCCUAAACAAGGUUUUGCCAUGGGUCAGCGGUGGUUGGACAACAAGCCCCUCUGAUCUGUUUUCUUUGGCUGCAACACUUCCUACAUGUUCGCAUCAUACGACAAGCCGGAUCAUUAUGUGGCAGUUCUUAUGGCUCAGUUUGCGGUUGCUGAAGUGUAUUGUUUUGAAUACAUCUUACCUAUUGUAAGAAAUAGCCACAAAAGUAAGAAAAAUAACUGUUAGCCAAACAGUAAAGUUGGGUAAAGCUAGUUUAAAAAGGUAGAUUAUCAUAGUCCACCAGUGCUAAACGCAGAUUAUGUCCAGCAGAGAUGAAUCCUGCCUUAUACAGCGCUACAUAGCAAGCAUAAUAACAAUCAUGUUCGUUAUUCAGUUUGUUUUUGGAGGAGCCUUUCAAGGCCUUCGUUGUUGUACUGAUUAUAAACAUCAAAAUAAUUUCAAUUGUUAUUUUUAGCACUUA